GCUUUUUCGUAUACUGCGUUACAAUGCAGUCGGUGUUCACCUCACAAGUCGUAUUCUCAAAAAGUUACUAGGUGCAUUGAUCAGUCCCUUAUUUCGUCGUUGGAAUGGAGAAAGAAAGAAUAAAAAGUGUAAUCGAAUUCUUCUCUACUCCAUUGGAUGAAGAGGAGCUAGUCGAUGGAGAAAGUAAACCCGAUGAACUGUACACCCUCUGUGAUGAUCCCAUGCAAGUACCCAUCAAACUCAUCGAUGAACAACUAAGGUUCGUUAAUCUUGCAACAGUUCAAGACCUUUUUGUUGACAAUUCAGGAUUUCUUGUUGUUGGCGCCAUUGGUUUACAGGUAACCAGAGAUAUUUUGAUUUUCUCGUGAAUUUAGGGUUCAGGUAAAUCGUCUGUGUUAAAUAUUUUGGCGAAUUGCAUUUCUGACGGUUGUGGAGUUUUUGAUGGUCCUUUUAAUAUUCAAACUCUCAAGGAUGUGGUAACUAACAGCCCGUGUACUGCUGGUAUUAACUUAUAUAUUACACAAGAUCGUGUAAUUCUUCUGGAUGCCCAAGUAACUUUUCUGUUUAAGUUGAAUGUAUAGGCUGUGAUCCGUAUUUGUGUUUUCGUUGUAUGUAUAAAUCUUGCAUUUUUAAAUUGCUGUUAAGUGACUAACUAAUCAAAAUAUGGCGCUAGUACGAAUGUAGUGGUCGUUUUCUGUCAAACUAAAUAUCUCAGUGGUUCAAAUAUUUGUUAAUGCAGGGUUUUUGUACUAAAUUGCGCUACUCAUAUUUCCUCUUGGACACCCAUAUAUUUUCAGUAAUUAAUGCAUUUGCUACGGUAAAGCUGGGAGUGAUUAGUUUAUUUAUCUGAUUUAUUCAACGCACAAUUAAUGGCACAUGUGGGUACCAAAAAACAAGUGUGCAGCACACUGAUAAGAGAAUCAAACCAUGAAGUAAUGUAUUCUCCUCCUUCCUAUGGUAAUAAGAUAAAAUAUCAAACUUUUAUGAUAGAUAUGUUAUAAUCUACUCAUUAUAACUUAAAGAUUGUUAUUCUUAACUGUAUUUCCUUUAUAAUGUUCUUUUUUGUUAGCCUCUUCUUUCAUUUGCACUUACCAACUAUCACACUCACUUGGUUGCUACUGGUAAUAUAACAUCGUCCUCGAGUACUCAUCCAGGGCUUUCGUCUCUUACAGGUCCUGGUAAUUGGAACAUGGAUAUUUGGGCUGAAAUGGCUUCUAUGCAGAUUGUCGCCUUUUUAAUAAAUGUAUGCCAUGUUGUACUUGUUGUCAGUGAUAAUUUAACUACUGCUUCAACUCAGUUACACCGGCUUAUCGAUAGAGCAAUAGGUCUUAAACCAACUGUUUUUACACCGAAUGCCAUGCCAAUCCAUGCACUACGUGGUCGUCAACAUUCUGAUAUACAUAACAAGUCAUCAGAUAAUAAUAAGAAUUGUACAGAUAUAAAAAAAUUGACAACUAGUGUACAAGGUUUACAAAUUUCUAAUGUAAAUAAAACUAAUCCAUCUAUUAUCAACAAAGAUAAUAAAAGUUUAGAAGUUGAAGAUGUUGAUAUUUUAUCUUUGUCUGAACAACAACAAUUUAUUGGGAAUUAUUCUACAUCAAAUAACAUUCUUGGACAAUAUCUUCAUUCUAUUGAAGCUGAGUCUAAAGACGUUACAAAUGCAAUCAAUCGACUAAUAAAUUUAACUGAUUAUUCAGCCUCAUUAAUUCAUGUAUAUAAUCAGGCCCCAGCAGCUGCAUUUCUUGACCCGGUUAUGUGUGAAAAAUUAGAUAGGUAUAGGAAUAAAAUACUACCACUUAUGUACCCAGAGUACAGAAGGUUAGUAUCACUUGUUACUGUUGGUCCAAGAAUUUUAUCCGCUCACCUUCAGUCACGAAAUCGUGAUCAACCUACAACUGCACGUCAAAACUCUGCACAAAAUGAUACUCCUACUGAAAUAAAUCGAAACACUACUGACGUAAAGCUAACUAAAAACAGUUCAGAAAAUCGUUUAGUCCCUGACAAUUUUAUCGCCCAAAAUUAUUCAGGUUUUCUUGAUACUCAGGAAAAUUCUGUCUUACCUACUCCAUCAGGACUUUCCGAACCGUCCUCAGUUUCAUCAGACAAAGGACUUGCAUCACCACAAAAGCCUUCGAAUAUCAGCGCAGAAACGUUGACUUCAGUAGAAGUUGAUAAUGAGUCAAAACCUAAUCCAACCCACUGUUUAACUUCAUUAAAUACAAUUCAAGAAAAAUCAAAACCUUUUUCUGGUGAAAAACCUGAUGGGUACAUUCCCUUGGAUAACAAUAAUAGUAAUAAUUGUGUUAAAAAAUUUGGCCUAUCGGAAUCAGAGAUAGUAUCGCAGUGUUGCAAUGUUUUGCAUAAUGUAGAAGAUGAACUCAAUUCUGUUUUAAAACACACUAACUUAUCCGCUGGUGUAGACCAUCACAAGAAGAUUGUAGAGAAACGAUCAGGAAUAUUACCGGUCGAAGGUCAGCUCCCUGAUAAUGAUUUACUUCAUAUACCUGGUAUUGAUGGUGAGAAGUUGAAUGCCAGUCUUGUUCAAAUGUAUCAUGAUGUACAGACUACUAGAUGUAAAUUUUUCGAUGUUCAAAAGCGAUUAGAUCAACCAAGAUUAUUCUUGAUACCAGAAGUUGACGAUGAAGGACACUCACCAUUAGGGUGUCCAACAUACUUAACAUCAGCCCGUAUCUUACAAGAAGCUGUUUUCUCUACACCUCGACAGCAUAUGAUGCCUAAUUUUACAGAGAAGAAAUGGAUAACAUAUGUUCAUAAAAUGUGGGAAGCUGUAAUACAUUCCCCUUUGUUCCUCGAUUAUCAUUCCGUUCGGAUGAAUCAGAUUUAAGUGUUGCUACUUUUGAAAGACUGUUUAAUACUAUAUUUUAUUGCAGUAAUUUAUCUUUACAUGAAAUAUAAUUACACUUUUU